AUGCGCAAUUAUUCCAUGCAUAUUGACGGUGAUUGUGAUUCUCGUUUCAAUGCUGUUAAACAAACAUUCAGUGAAAAUUUUACGAGUCGAUUGGAGAGUGAAGGUGCCGCUUUUGCUGUUUAUUUGAACGGUGAAAAAAUUGUUGAUUUAUGGGGUGGAUAUGCAGAUUCUUCAUCCAAAAGAAAAUGGAAGGAUGAUACAGUUUCAGUUUUAUUCAGCACAACAAAGAGUAUAAGUGCAAUUUGUAUCGCGGUUCUUGUGGAUCGUGGCCUUCUUAACUAUAAGGAUCUUAUUUCUAAACAUUGGCCAGAAUUCGGACAAAAUGGCAAAGAAAAUAUUACUAUUGAACAAUUACUUUCUCAUCAAGCUGGUUUGGCAUAUACUGAUUGUCCUAUUGAAGAAAUUGAUGUUAAGGAUCACAAUCGUAUUUCAAAGAUCUUUGAAAAUCAAGUACCAAAUUGGACUCCAGGGCAGAAAAUGGGAUAUCAUAUGUUAUCAAUCGGUUUUCUUUCAGAUCAAUUGGUGCGAAGGGUUGAUCCAAAAAAGCGAUCAUUGUCUGCCUUUUUCGAGGAAGAGAUUGUCAUUCCUAAUGGUCUUGACCUUCGCAUUGGUACUUCUCCAGCACUGGAACAUCGAGUUGCAAGACUGGCUCAUACAUCAAAAUUUGCUGCGGCUCGUGAAAUUUUGGAAUAUCCAGUAAUUUUAAAAUUCUUAUGGAAUAUGUUCGGUGCAUCUCAAAAUAAUUUCUUUUGGAAUGCGAUUAAUAGGCGUAAUUCGCAGAGUCAACAAUUACUAAACAAGAUAACGAGUAAUUUCGCGUGGUUGGGAAAUGAUGUCAUUUUUCUCAAUAAUCCAGAUAUUCGAAGUCUUGACAUACCAGCAGCAACUGGAGUUGGAACUGCUAGAUCGCUAGCGAAAUUACAUUCGCUAAUUGCUACAGGCGAUCUUCUUAAAGAAUCCACUGUCGAUCAACUACUUAAACCGGAUAUCUGUGAUGAAUUCGAUAUUGUCUUAACUUUCCGGCAUUCGAGAGGCAAAGGCUUUAUGUAUACGAAAAAUCCCAAAGGUCAAUGGAUGUUUGGGCAUCCUGGAAUGGGUGGUCAAAAUGUAAAAGUUGAUAUCAAAAAUAAGGUCGCUUUUGCUUACAUAUGUAAUGGUUUGAAAUGUGGUGCUGAGGAUUAUACAAUGACAUUCAUGCGUUUGCAAAAAGCUCUUUAUCAAUGUCUCGAUAAUAAUAACUUACUUAAUGACGACGUUUCCAUUAAUGAAAUACCAAUAGAGGGCAAGAAUAACAAAAAAAUUGAUCACUUAGAAAUGGAACAAAAUCGAACCGUUGAGAUUGCAGAAAAUUGA